CCAAACUUUUUUUGAAUGACAGGUGACUUAUUACUUCACUCGAUUGAAAAGUUCAAUAAGUCGGUUUGCCAGUAUCACUUUUUUCCAAUUCUUUCAUUAAUUAUUAGAAAAAAACCGAAAUACUAAAAUGGCCCAACUGGUUUCGAAAGUUCCUCAAUUAGCCAGCAAACUUGCUGCUGAUGCAAAACCGAUGUUCGAGACCUUCAUGAAAUAUGCCAAAGUGGAGCUGAGCCCACCCACCCCCGCAGACAUUCCCCAAAUUAGGGCUGGUAUCGGCAGGCUAGUCAGUGCUGCCAAGAAUGGCAACUGGAAAAACACCACCGUUAAAGAGGGAUUUGUUAACACAUUAAUCGGCAUUGAAGUCCUAUGUUGGUUCUAUGUAGGUGAAUGCAUUGGAAAACGCCACCUUGUCGGAUAUGAUGUCUAAAUUUAGCUCUAAUUAUGUGUAGAAUCUUUUUUUUUGUUAACAAUAGAGUAAAACACUUUUGGUUCUCUUGUAUCUCAUCUCUUAUCCAACGAUAAUGUUAAAAUAAAAGAUUUCAGGUUUA